GCGUUUCGCAUAGAGAGAAGGCCUUUUCGAAGGCGCUGCUCUUGCUGCUGCUGUCAGGGGGGAUUUUACAUUUCUCUGUCCCAGCCUACCUCACAUACGAGGGAUCCGCCUUGGUUUUCGGCCUCUGUUGCCGUUUCGUUUCGCGGCAAGAGCCGAUCCUUUAAUUAAUCUCCGUCCGCCUCCUUAUCCCCGCAUCGUCGUUGACAACCGUAGCACCUACCAUCUCCGCUCCGCCUCCAUUCGUAUCCGUAUAAAACCAUCCCACCGUGCGUGUCUAUCCCGGAUAUUCUAUAGUACGCCGUCCGCUUGCAACCCGCCUUCGUCCAACGCCGAAUUUUCCAUAAUCACCCCACAUUACACUUCCCAAAGGCUUUGACAACCGCAUUUUCAGUUUGAAAGGUCCAGCCGCGUUCCGUAUCUACUUUCCGAGCUCAUCGCAACCCCCCAAGUGCCGUCUCCGCCUUGCUGACGUCACCGUAAACCAGAUCGUUAACCACGAUCGCGUCGAAUAUGAGUCAGCAUGAUAAACCAACGGAAGAUAAAGCCUCCACGUCAUCAGAAUCGGCAGAUCAAGCCGCGGUAGAAACGCAGCAACAAGACCAGCAACAAGAGCAGCAACAAGAGCAAGAGCAGCAGCAGCCUGCUCUCCCUGCUCCGCCUGCUCCUCCUAAGCAACAAGGCAGAGGUGGUCGGUCGUGGCGGCUCCUGUUCGCUGGCGGCAUGGCAGGCGCUGUUGCUCGAACGUGCACGGCACCGCUCGAUCGAAUCAAGCUUCUGCUCCAGGUGCAGCAUCUGGGGCAGCUAGGCACGUCUGCUAACGCGUACACGGGCGUGGGGCAAGCCAUAAUGAAGAUCGGGCGGGAGGAGGGCAUCCGCGCGUUCUGGAAGGGCAACGGGCUCAACAUCGUCCGCAUCUUCCCGUACUCCGCUUCCCAGUUCACGUCGCACGAGCAGUACAAGAUGCUGCUGGCGGGCUCCAGUGGGCAGCUGACCGUGCCGCAGCGGCUGAUGGCGGGCGCCAUGGCGGGCAUGACGGCCACGGCGCUCACGCACCCGCUGGACACGGUGCGCCUGCGCAUGGCCAUGCCCACGUCCGGGUACACGGGGAUCUCGAACGCCUUUGGCACGAUCAUUGCCAAGGAGGGUCCACUGGCUUUGUACAAGGGCCUAUUCCCUACACUGCUGGGUAUCGCCCCGUAUGCUGCACUCAACUUUGCAUCGUAUGACCUUCUCAAGUCGUCCCUGUACAAGUCAGGAGCAGUGAAGGAGUCAAUUCCCAAUAACCUUCUCAUGGGAGCUACGGCUGGCACCAUUGCCACCACUGUGUGCUACCCCCUGGAUACUGUGCGGAGGAGAAUGCAGAUGAAGGGCAAGGUGUACCGCAACACUCUGGAUGCGUUUGCCACGAUGGCCAGGACAGAAGGCCCACGGGGGUUCUAUCAUGGGUGGUGGGCCAACACUCUCAAGGUUGUACCCCAGAACUCCAUCCGCUUUGUGGCGUAUGAGUUCUUCAAGUCUGUGGCUGGGGUUAAGAAGGCCAAGACAGAUACAUGAGAUAGCACCCUUUGCAUGGAUCAAAUCCAACAACACUAAACCUCGUGCUCGUGAUCGAUUGCAAAAAUUUGCCCAUAUUAUGCAGUGUUUAUUCUUAGCAUGGCCUAUACAGAAUGCAGAAUGAUAUAGGUUAGUCGAAGCAUUUUUUUAAUUAUAUAGGUA